AAAUACAAUAAUGCAAAACUUAAUUUACAAGACAAGACACAAAAUCCACCCUGCCAACGGCCGGGAAGAAAGCUAGUAUCUUAUUGUACAUUUAACAUUUCCAAGCUGUCGAGCAUUUGAAUAAUGUACGCAGGUCGGCUCACAGAUUGGCCACAUGCAGACGCCUGUGCUGGGACAGCCACAGUUUUACUCGUUUCCUGAACGACGUCUCCUCCAAAACGUGAUGUCUACCUUCAACCUUGUUUCGGUUCCGUUACCUUUGACCACGCUACCCACGUCGUUAAAACGGUGGAUGAAAAAGAGCAUAUUAUUAUAUUCAUUCAGGAAGAUACCCGUCUUCCCAACCAGCAGCAUCCAAAGACGUGGGCCGAAGAUAUUCCCGUAUUGGGUUACAGUGUCCAUCCAAUCUAAUCUAUGGGCCACAUUCCAGAUUGCGACCUUUUCUCUUCCCUCACUUGUUUUCCUUUGUUUUAUACGGAAAAGAAAAACCCCUGCACCUUGGAUUUCCUUCUAUUUAACCCUCUUCCCAUUGCUUGCCUUCUCUUCCAUUCCUCUUCAUACUAUUAAUUCACACCCCGCACAAAUCGACUCACACAACGAAAGUGAAAAUGGCAGCAACAGUAGUGGAGACAUGGGUGAACGAGCUAGCCAAGCUCAAGGCAAAGGUGGUUCGCCCCAAGAACAACAAGUCGUCAGCACAAGACGAUGCUGCAGCAGAACAAGGAACAGAGAAGCAGGUGAUGAAAAAAGGCUCGAACGUGGUGAUGGUUCAUCGGUCUGAGUCGGACAUCUGCAGUACGAUGUCCGAGGAUACUGUUCGCUUGAUCAUGGACCGGUUUGUGCCCUGGUGACCAAGGCGCCCUGCAUCGUCGCUUUCCAUUCUCCUCUACAAGUUUUCCUUCAAUGUGUAGCUUUCGUUUUCUUUCUUCUUAUGCUGCAGCCUUAGCUAUAUCAGAUGUAUAAUUAAGGAUUGUAUAGCAUUAGUUCUUUUGCAGUGUACAUAUCAUCGGGCUUUAGAGCUCCUCCUGUCCUCUGUGAAUUGGGUAUGCUUUCUCUUCCUCCGCUCGUCAAAAAUGAUGAAAGUUUUUAUUCAAUGGAACUGAGAAGUGAUAGCCCUUUAACAAGAGCUUUGUAAUGUAUAUAGGGGGAAAAGGAGUUACAUCAUUAUGAAAAGUUUGGAGCUAACAAUGACAGAGUGAUGUUGACAAUUCCCCCCCUAUUCUGUUCAAGUAAAAUGUUCCAGAAACAGCUUGCAGAAGAAAUUUCUUCAACCUUU